AUGCCCAAUCAGAAGGCUUUCCUGAUCCCCCAGAAACUCUCCCUCCCCCUCUCCCUCACAUGCCACCAACUCCUCCAAACCUCCCUCGCACCACUAAAAGUCCCUUUCCAAGAUUUCUCUGCUUCCUUCCCAAACCUAAAAGCGGUUCUCAAGCGCAUCAAGCCUAUAAACGCAGCUGGGAGGCCGAAGGAGACCUGGUGUCUCUGUGUCGAUUGGUUGCGGUACCGGCCUAUGAAGAAGACUUAUUUGGCUAUGAAACAAGUGGGAUGGGGUAAUAAGGAGUACUAUGACUCGCUGGUAGAGAGUUGA